UUCUCCUCAUUGUUGAUUUCGUAGGAAUUCUUUCACUGUCGAAGUUAUGGAUUGAUUUUUUGCUUUCGUUCGGAAAUUUGUAUUUGAGUUGUGAGUCAUUAUUUUUAGAAGCAGUCGAGAUGUUCGCGCUGAUUAUUGAAAUCGCUUUUCUAUUUUGUGGCGUUUCGUACGCUACAAAUGUUGUAAAAUCGCCCACAUUUAGCAGCGCUUAUACUGCAAAAGGAACUCUCUACAUUCCCUAUGCUGAAAUUCGAGAGCCAUUCUAUGCCUGGUAUGACGCCAAAAGUGGAUCUAGCCGAAUCGACUACUAUGGAGGAAUGGUUAAGACUUUCCAGUUAAGUAACGAGGGAUCUUACGGAUCGAGUAUUAAAGUGGCGCCGGUUACAACCGAAAACAAAGAAAACGAUGAAGUUUGUCUCCAAGUGAAUGGAACCAGUGAUAUGAAAAUUCAGCCUCAAACCAUUAUUCCAGACACCACGGGAAUGGAGUGCAUUGGCGAAGAAGUAAUUAACGGUCUUCCCUGCGAAAAAUGGCGUUUAGUUACAAAAUUCGGAGACAAGGUUAACAAAUACACGCUUUGGAUUCGUUAUAAGAAAUCCACAAAGUCUUCUGUGGAUAUGGAACCGAUUCCAGUGAGGUACGAAAUGCGAGGAUUUAAUUCUCUUUUGGGUUCUCACUACGAUCACUAUUAUUUGGAGUACGAGUGGUAUUCGUUCGAUACACCAAGCGCUGAAGUCUUUGAAAUCACUGGAAACACAACUUGUGUCGGUUUCCCUGGACCCGGAGACAAGCACAUUUACACUUUCAAUCCCAUGAAAGAGUUUAUCAAUAAUUAUGAAGGACAUGUGGAAACUGCUUUCGAUCGAUUCAAAAACGCACACAGCAGAGAAUACAAAACAAAUGUGGAACACCAUCGUCGCAAGGAACUUUUCCGACAAAAUUUGAGAUUCAUUCACUCUAUAAAUCGAGCCAACUUGGGUUACCAAUUGGAUGUGAAUCAUCUUGUUGAUCGAACGGAUUUGGAAUUGAAAGCCUUGAGAGGAAAACAAUAUACGGAACACGGUUAUAAUGGUGGCUUGGCUUUUCCUCACGAUGUAGAAAAGGAAAUAGAAAAAGUGCCUGAUAAUGUCGAUUGGCGACUUUUUGGCGCUGUGACACCUGUAAAAGAUCAAUCUGUGUGUGGUUCUUGUUGGAGUUUUGGAACAACUGGAGCAGUGGAAGGGGCUUAUUUUAUGAAAUACCACAAACUCGUUCGCUUAUCGCAGCAGGCGCUUGUCGAUUGUUCCUGGGGAAUGGGUAACAAUGGCUGCGACGGUGGUGAAGAUUUCCGUGCCUAUCAGUGGAUAAUUAAACACGGAUUACCUACUGAAGAAGAUUAUGGAGGAUAUCUUGGACAAGACGGUUAUUGUCAUAUAAACAAUGUGACCGCAGCAGCAAAAAUGUCUGGAUUUGUCAACGUCACUCCAGGAAGUAUUGAUGCCAUGAAAGUUGCACUUUUUAAGAAUGGGCCCAUUUCCGUCGCAAUUGAUGCCUCUCACAAAACCUUUUCGUUUUACUCAAAUGGCGUUUAUUUCGAUCCCGAAUGCGGAAACACGGAAAAUUCAUUGGACCACGCAGUUUUGGCGGUCGGUUACGGAACGAUGAACGGCAAAGGCUAUUGGCUGGUGAAAAAUUCAUGGUCCAAUUAUUGGGGCAACGACGGCUACAUCCUGAUGGCUCAAAAAGACAACAACUGCGGUGUCUUGACAGCCCCAACUUAUGCAAUUAUGGCAUAGUUUUUAACACUCGCAUGCCAUUCAUAAGUAAUUUUUUUAAAUGUUUUUUUUUUCUCUCUCUUUCGAAACUUCGAAGAAUACUCGAAUUUUGUAAUAUUUCUCUCUCUAUGAACAAACGCCUGUCUGCCUUCUAGGUGAUUGACACAUUUUUCGAAUUAGUUAAGUUUGAAGAUGAAGUAUUGAUAUGAUUUAUUAUCUACAAUAAUUGAAGCGCAUUUUCGCGCAAUGUGAUGAUCAAAUACAAGGAAUUUUUUCUCUAA